CUGUUAAUUUUAUUUUAAAACUAAAUUUAAAUCUAACCUCAAUUCAGGAAAAACACUAGAAAAUUUCGUCAUUUUUAUUUUACGAUUCUCCUAUUAGAGUUAAACCGGUAAUGUUGUCGAUGAAAGGUGUCUUCUCUAAUUUUAGUGAUUUUGAAAUGUCAUAAAACUCAACAUUUUGAAUAACUUUUAUCUAUACAUAUAACCUGCAUUCGACGUUAGUUUUUAAUAGUAAUAUUAGUUAGUAGUAAUAUUAAUUCGGCCGCCAGCAUUUCGUUGCUUAAUCAAAGAUGAGUGUGCUAGUUCAAUAUGUGGUGGUACGAGGAGAUCUUCUGAAGACAAUGGAGUGGCCCAUUGGCGCAGUUAUAGCUCAAGCAUGCCAUGCGUGUACUGCUGUUACUCAUCUUUUUUAUAAUGACAAUUACACACAAGCCUACCUUGCCAAUUUAGAUGUUAUGCACAAAGUUGUCUUGGAAAUUCCAGAUGAGACCAGUUUAAAUAAAUUAUGUUUAACAUUGACAAAUGAGAACAUUGAUCAUAAGCUCUGGAUUGAACAGCCUGAAAAUAUUCCAACGUGUUUGGCAACAAAACCUUAUCCAAAGGAUAAAGUACAAUCAUAUUUCAAGAAAUAUAAGUUACUUAAAUUGUAAAAGGAUACAAUUUUCAUUGCACAGCUACAUUAUCCUCUUUUAUAUUGUACAUCAAUUGUAAUAAAACUAAAUAGUAAUAUAAAAUAAAAUAGUAUUAAAUAUA